UAUGAAUACACAUGCUACCCUAUUGAAUUCGACGUGGAAAACAACAAUAUAGAGGAAGUGCAGGGCUGUCUUCAGUAGGACGUAGAAAGAGCCCCACUCUGGGGCAGUCACCUGGGCAUGCAUAUGUCAAACCCUAAUUUGUCCAUCGCAAGGGCGCGGCUAACUGGAAACUUCCAAUCGCCCGCGAAGGUGCUCCGUAAAAACAAUAUAAAUAAAGAAAAGCGUCACUACAAGGCCAACCGACAGUUGAUCAAUUUUCGAUACUCAAUUCUCAAUAAGACAUUUGCCGAUACCCCACAUCCUUUCUAAAAUGCGCCUCUACGAGUCCUCCAUCCCAUCCGGCAACGCCUAUAAAGUGUCCCUCCUCCUAUCGCAUCUCAAUAUCCCAUUUGAGACAACUAGCUUGGACAUCCUGGCUACGCCACCCGAGACUCGUCGUCCAGAGUUUCUCAAGAUCAACCGCAAUGGUCGCAUCCCCGUACUGGUUCUUGACGAUCCCAACACUCCUCCCCUCGCAGAGUCGAAUGCUAUCAUCUUCUACCUUGCAGAGACAUAUGGUCGAUUCCUUCCUACCACGGCACUAGGUAGAGCUCAAGUCCUGCAGUGGCUCUUCUUCGAACAGUACUCCCAUGAGCCUUAUAUUGCUGCCUUGAAAUACUGGACGUACUGGGCGCCGGAGCAGUUUGAGGAAAGAGGAGAAAAGGAGGUCAAGCGCAUCAAAGAGAGGGGUCAGGCGGCUUUGGAUGUCAUGGAAGGUCAUUUGAAAGGAGAGGAAGGUGAAGCACCCAGAGAAUGGUUCGUCGGGAAUGGCAUGACGAUUGCAGAUAUUGCGCUUUACGCUUAUACGCAGAGCGCUGAGAUGAUUGGAUUCACACUAGGGGAGAAUGUGAAGGCUUGGCUCGAGAGAGUGCGCAACCAGGAAGGGCAUGUCAGAAUCAGGAAGGACCCCCUGGGCAAAUGUCCUCUUUGAUAGGGUGAGGGUGGUCGGCGGUGAUUCUCUGUUGUCGAGUUCUUAUGUCCCAAGCAAUGGCACGUUUCAAUUUACCUACCUUAUGCCACGAGCUUCAUAGUCG